UUCGUCAGUGAAGUCGGACCAGGUCAGACCUAAGAUGUGCGUACAUUUACUGUAUCUGGGGAUCAAAAACACUUUGGCUCGCCCUCUCAAGUCUCCAGCAUAGUAGUAGGUACCUACGUACGAGUACGUAGGUACGUAGUAUGUUGUAGUAUGUGUUGAACUGUACGGGUGCUUGGGAGGCAUGGUUGACAAGUUUCCUUGAAAUUCUCAGCAUGCUAUUUGCCGGUAAUGUCAUACUUGAUCGCAGAGAGGUGAACGUGUCAUUUCUCUAGGUUCCACAUUGAGAAGCCUCAAAGUACAAGGUUCAAAUCAAAUUAUGCCAUUUUCACUGAUAAGCUUGAAGGUACAAAUGAAAGUCUCUGGUUUCCGAAAUUGCCCUAAGUAGACAUCCACCUGUGGAUGCUAAAGUAUGUUCAAUGAAAAAUGAGGGCCCGGCCUCGUUUGUAUUGUCAAGGGUGAGCUUAGACGACUUGUCGAGUUUUCACAACCUUGCUCUGCUGCCAAUCAGUCCGUUCGUUCGUUCGUUCGCUCGAGAGCGGUUCGUCAUCGGUGGGGGCAGCCUUCUUCAAGGUGUACAAGUCCACCGUUGGUCUGUACUUGCUCACCUGUGAUUCGGAUUUGGGGACGACGUACGUGCGUGCACGCAACUCGAUCUCGGGGAGGUACUACGUAGGUAGUAUGUAGUGUAGAGACUCCAUGAAAGAUAGAAGAUACAAACACAUACUGCAUUGACUUGAGGGAAAUCCCGAGGAGCUUCCAUAGACGUACACUAGGUUGAAGAGGCAUGCUGGCAGGACUACUGUUCAUGCAAUGUGUGGUGGUAGUGGAAGGAGAAGGACGGAUGGUUGGAUGGAUGGAUGGAUGGAUGGAUGGAAGGGCCUUCCAAGUAGUGGUCUCGCUGCUAGGGCCAGAUCAUCGAAACUUUUGCCGUAGAGUGAGGCAAAGAGCGAGGGAACGAAUCAACGAACGAACGAACGCCCCGAUGAGGAUGGUAGAAAAUUGUGUUAGUUCAGCAGGCUCGAAAGAGAAAACUGAAUGGUUAUCCGGACAUGCUCGGCCAUGAUCACGUAAAGAGUGGAUUUGGUAGUCUACAGUGAGGCAUCAUGGGCUCCUCUACAUAGAUCGAUUGUUCUGCUGCCUUCAAACUUGGAUUGAGGCUGACUUUUGGUCGAGGGUGAUCGUCUUCUUCGAUGACGACGACGACUACGAACACGAAGAAAAAGUCGAAGAGGACGAAGAAGACGACGCCGAAGACGACGACGACGACGACAGUAUAGGAUUCGGUCUGCAUUCAGGGAUUUUGGUCCGGAGACUUCAACGAAGACAUGGAGGAGGAAGUUCAAGAUGGACAUUUUUGUCCAUCAAACGAUCCUCAAAAUUGUCGAGUAUCCGGAAAUGCUGUGUAUUGUCAGUGUAUAUUUGCUCUAGAUCCCUUUCCCACUCCAAAUUCGAAUCGGAACUCGUCCAAUUUGAACCACUACUGUCGGGUUUGCAAUACUCAAUUGAAUUCUUGUAAGCAAGUGAACAUUCACAUCAGUGGCAAGAAGCAUCAGAAACGAUUUAACUACCUGAAGUACUCAAUUGAUACCGCUCAAAACAAUAUUCUUGAAACCUCCCCUCCCAGUCAAGCACCCUCCAUGGUCAUAAGUCAACCUAUGCAAAGUCAAUACAACCCGAUCCCAAAUGGGCUCGAGGCCAAUAGUCAAGUAGUUCCAAGCAAUUUCCAUUCAUGCACUCACAAAAUGGGGCCCGUGUUCUUUGUGAUCAACGGGACCCCCACCAAUCGACCCGGGGACGUCAUGUCCGCACCAGUUCUUCCGCCCCCUAAUGUGCCUCAGGCACCCUUCCCACCCGUGAUGCCAUCCUCCUCGUCCUACUUCCAUCCAUCAUCUCCACAUUAUGAGUAUGGACCCACCGGUCCUCCAUUGGGACAUUACGGCCAGACUAGCCCGACUUUGACAUCUGGCCUGGGUAGUUCCUUUGGAGAUUGCAAAUCGACCGAGACAGGGUCUAUCUUAAGUGCCACGUCCUACUCGUCCCUGGGGAAUCAUCCGCCUCCAUUUUCGGGCCAUUCCCAAGUCCCUGGGUCUCAUGAUAUGGGUACAACGAAUUAUUCUGUGAUGGUUCCCCGCCACAAUAGCUAUCAGCCACCCCCGUUCCCAGCCACUUCCCAUCAGGAGUUCAUCAUGCUACCGCCCAAUCGACAAGGUCACGUGUAUCCACCUCCACCAACGGUUCAACCGGCUUCGUUGUCGAGUCCGGUCUAUUCCUCGGAUGAGGCUUCGUAUCAAAUGAGUUCAUUGCACCACGCCUUGCCGCCUUGUCAAGGCAUGGGCGUGGCCAGAGUGACCAGUGGAGAGGAAAGCUCAGGCAGUGUGGAAAGCAAUACAAGUCAUGGAGGAGAGAUUCGAUGUGAAGUGUGCCAAGUUUCGGUCAAUUCGUCACACCAAUUGCACGCUCAUUUAGCCGGUCACAAGCACCGUUUACGUUGCCUCCGUCAAGGCAUAGACCCGGCUCAAUCGAUGCUGCUGACUCCGUUCUCCUCAGCAUCUCCCUCGAGAACCCCUUCAGAGUGUUCGUACUCGCCAAAGUCAUUGCAGAAAGUGCCAAUGAUGACCUCUCUCCUUGGAAGUCCCUCAACGGACAACAAGACACCUCGGGAAGUUCGUACCAGCCUUCUGGAGACACCGGAACAGUUCAUGCAAGUUCCAUCUCGGUCAAACACGAAUACUCAGUUACUGCCGAACAAGGCUGCCAAUGCUAAGACGAUCAACAAGAAGCCGGGCAAAAAGGCCAAAGAUGGGCCUACCGAAUCCAAUGCAACGGUUGCAAGUAAAUCCCCUUUACCUGCCGGAGGCUUAUUGAGAGACUCUCACGAACCAUCAGUCACUGAAAACAAGUCAAAGGAAAUUCCGAAGAGCAAAUCCCACGAAAUUAUCAGGCCUUCCACCCAACAACCUGCCGUCAAUGCUGCCAAGGACUCCAUGUUACAAGCCAGUCCAAUGCUCGACAAGUUUCUGCAAACUUUAGACUCUCAUCCUGUUAAAGGCCAUUAUGUAGGCAAACGAGGAGUUGAACAUCCCGCCUCCAAAAUGGCUCAGAAGAUCUAGCGAUGAUAUGACAACAAUUUUUCUGACACGCCCCACGUGGCAACCCAAUUUGAUACAUUGCUUGGCGGAAUCGUUGCCUCAAUUUGACUUUGAAGGUCGUUUGCCAUGAACAAUAAAAUACGGUGAUAGAUUUA